UGGGAGGGAGCAGCAGCCUCAGUACCAGGCACCGCUCUCCCUCAGUGCUGACUGGAUAGAUAGAGGAGGAGGCUGCUACAUGCUGCCGCCACCGCUCCUGCCUUUGUCGUAGAGGGACCUUUUUUUUCAACGCGGCUACACUUGAUCCAGACGGAUAUUCCUUUAUUUUUCCCUUAUUUCUUUUUUAUUUGUGGCCACACGGAUUUCCGAAGGGGGAGAUUAAACAGUCGCGGACGCACCAAUGUACUCACUACACGAGGGCAGCGGUCUGUUUCUGCUCGCGGUCUUGGCAGGACUGCAGAUAGCAGCAGAGGGCAGGGUCACCCCACCAUGCAGACCAGGCUUUUCUGAAGAUGUAUACAAGGUUGUGAUGCCAGAUAUCGUGGAGAAAGGACAUCCCCUUUUUAAUGUGAGGUUUGUCGACUGUGGCCGAGGUGGUCUGGUGCGAUUUGAAUGCAGUAACCCAUCGGACUUCCGGAUAGAAGUUGACGGAGUAGUUUAUGCUGCCAGGAGCAUUGAGCUCUCUACGCUGCCUGCGUCACCGCUGCUGAUCAAGGCCAGUGACACCACUACUCAGCAGCAAUGGGUGACCCAGGUCAAGAUGACACCGUCUACAGACCAGCAGGUCCAACAAGUUGCUGCCCCUCCAGCCAUGUCAGAGGAUUUGCAGGAAAUAGUGUUUCCAUUACGAAACACGGACAGCCAACUGAAGCGCAUGAAGAGAGACUGGGUCAUCCCCCCAAUCAAUGUCCCAGAGAACUCACGAGGCCCCUUCCCGCAAGAGCUUGUCCGGAUCCGGUCAGACAACGACAAAAACCGGUUGCUGAGAUACAGUGUGACGGGCCCGGGCGCUGACCAGCCACCCACCAGCGUCUUCAUCAUCGACCCAAUCUCCGGACUGAGAGCUCAUGCAGUGGACCUCAACGGCAACCAGGUAGAAAACCCUAUUGACAUUGUGAUCAAUGUGAUCGACAUGAACGACAACAGACCCGAGUUCACUCAUCAGAUCUGGAACGGCUCCGUUCCAGAGGGUUCCAAGCCAGGAACAUUUGUUAUGACAGUGACAUCUGUUGACAAAGACGACCCCAAAACAGCCAAUGGGAUGCUGCGCUACAAGAUCCUGUCUCAGAAUCCAGAGAGUCCAACCUCCAAUAUGUUCACCAUCAACAAUAAAACCGGAGGCAUCAUCACGGUGGCAGCAGGCCUGGACAGAGAGAAAGUGCCUCAGUACACGCUGAUCAUCCAGGCCACUGACAUGGAGGGCAACCCCAUGUACGGCCUCUCCAACACAGCCACCGCUGUCAUCAGAGUCACAGACGUUAACGACAAUGCACCAGAGUUUACUGCUGAGACGUUUUUCGGCGAGGUGCCUGAAAACCGUGUGAAUGUCAUCGUGGCCAACCUGACGGUGACUGACAAGGACCAGCCCAACACGCCGGCCUGGAACGCCGUCUACAAAAUCACCGGGGGCGACCCCACUGGCAGGUUUUCUGUGCCCACUGAUCCGACCACUAACGAGGGCCUGGUAACGGUUGUCAAGCCCAUUGACUAUGAAACUAGUAGGACGUACGUGCUGACAGUGGAAGCGAAGAAUGAGGUUCCCUUGGCCAGGGGCAUCCACUCUCCUCGCCAGUCCACCGCCACUGUCUCCAUCAGAGUGAUAGAUGUCAACGAGAGUCCUUACUUCGAGCCCAACCCCAAACUCAUUAAACUGGAAGAGGGAAUGAUGCCUGAGUCAACACUGUCCACCUUCACUGCACAGGACCCCGAUCGCUUCAUGCAGCAAACCAUCAGAUACUCCAAACUCGCAGAUCCAGCCAACUGGCUAAGGAUUGACCCUAACACCGGCCGUAUAACAACAAUUGCCAUUUUGGACCGAGAGUCGCCCUAUGUGAAGAACAGUUUGUACAAUGCAACAUUCCUGGCCUCUGACAGCGGUAUACCUCCCGCAAGUGGCACAGGUACCCUCCAGAUCUUCCUGCUGGAUAUCAACGACAACGCUCCCGUGGUGUUCCCCCAGGAGACAGAGAUAUGUGAGAAGCCGGAGCCAAAUGCCAUCAACAUCACCGCCCUCGAUGGAGACCUGAACCCCAACGCCGGGCCCUUUGCCUUCGAGUUAGCCCACCGGCCCGUGGACGUCAGGAGAAACUGGACCAUCACAAGAGUCAGCGGUGACUAUGCUCAGGUGAGCCUGAAGAUUGGCUUCCUUGAAAGCGGUAUCUACGAUAUCCCCAUCCUAAUCACAGACUCAGGCAACCUGCCCAUGACCAACACCUCCUAUCUGCGGAUUAAAGUGUGCCAGUGCGACUUCAACGGAGACUGCACUGACCAGCAACACAUCAUGGCUGCUGGUCUGGGCACCGGCGCCAUCAUCUCCAUCCUCCUCUGCAUCAUCAUCCUCCUCAUUCUCGUGCUGAUGUUUGUGGUGUGGAUGAAGCGCCGCGAUAAAGAGCGUCAGGCCAAGCAGCUCCUCAUCGACCCCGAGGACGACGUCAGAGACAACAUUCUCAAGUAUGAUGAGGAAGGUGGAGGAGAGGAAGAUCAGGAUUACGACCUGAGUCAGCUCCAGCGCCGGACACGAUAGAGCCUGAGCCAUCAAGGCCGG